AUGCCCCGAUUCAUCACCGACUCCCGGGUGGCGCCCACUGACAAGGCACCUCUACGUGCCAUCGGGCUCGGCCUACCUCGUGCAGCCACCUCAUCCCUCCAGGCUGCAUUCGAGGAGAUCGGAUACGGCCCGUGUCUCCAUAUGGCACAAAUCAUACCCCAUCCCGAUCGGCUGCAGCUCAUCAUCGACGCUAGCUAUGAGAAGAACACGGAAACCCGCCAUAAGAUGCUCCAUACGCUCGUUGACGGCUACAGCGCGGUCUGCGACGUGCCGGCCAUUCUCUUCUACAAGGACUUCAUGGAGAUGUUCCCCGAUGCCAAGCUCGUGUUGAAUGGGCGGCCAAACCCCGAGGUCUGGGCGCAGAGCUGCCGCGAAAGCUUCGGCUACUUCUUCUCGCCGUGGUUCUACUACGUUGGCUUCCUUUGGAGUGUUGACCGUCACUGGUACCGGCUGAACAUGCGCGUGGUGGAAUAUUACAAGGAACUCUACGAUGAACCCACCAUAUUUCAAGCUUCAGCUUACAACACGUAUUAUGGGAGCGUCAGGGAUGAUGCGAAAGCAAAUAAUUGGACAUUGCUGGAGUUUCAGGCUGAAGAAGGAUGGGCGCCGCUUUGUAAAUUCCUGAAGCAAGAUGUUCCCGACAAGCCAUUCCCGAGAGUCAAUGAAAGAAAAACAUUCCAAGUUGUCAAGAGGGUGUUCAUUGCAAAAGGUAUCCUGAGCUGGAUGGCAGUGGGUGGAAUUAUCUGGGCCGGUUGGUCUCAGGGCCCGUGGCUGCUUUCUCGCCUCAGAGGCUUGGUGUCCGCCUUUUGA